UUUCUCCUCCUGCCCUUUUUGGAUAGGACAUGUGAGGCCUGCAGGGGUUGGGGGGAGAGGCCUGGCCCCCAACCCUGACAAUUGCACCAGAGCAGGAAGUCUUUGACCAGAGACCCCAGCCUUUUCACUUUGCUGGAAUGAUGGCCCGCCCGACCUCCCCCACAGCUCCUGGGGGCCAACAGUGAGGACAUAUGCAGAGAAGCAGAAAAGUCCUUUAAAAGAGAACGUGUUCUUCAGGAGGCCUGGAUGGUUCUGAAUGGUUCUACCUCUUCCAGCCAAACUGCCUCAAAACUUAUUGCAGGAUCCUGAAACCCCACCCCCACCAUCCCCCACGCUCACUGCUAAUCCCAGAUCGGGGUAGGGAGGGGCUGGUGGCAGAAGGCAACUGUGUGGGUUAGGACUCAGAGGAUUUUUCUCUCCUUCUUCAUUCCUUUUCUCCCCUCCCAGGGAAAAGUGAGCCCCUUCACCAGACUAGUCUCUGCCUCACUCUUUCCUGGGGUUCACGUCUAAGCCGCCGGAGAAGGAAACAGAGAUCUAGCAGCUAGCCCGCCAAGACCCUGCAAGCAAAGCCGGGAAAAGGAGAACUGAGAGGAAGAGAGGGGGAGAAAAAAGUUGGUUUCUUCUCCUGGCACAUGGAUGCAAUUAUUCAGAGUGCAUUCCAGAGGCGUCGCUUUGCGUUCAGGGCAGGUCUGCCCGCCCUGCCUCUGAGAGAAGCAGACUCAGAGAGACCAAGUCCCCACAUCCUGGAAACGGAAUGUCUUUGCUUUCCAUCCUCUUCUUAGUUUCCAGUUAUGCCGGGAUGUCUGGGGCUCACAUGGAGAUUAAGAAGGUGGCCGAUGAGAAAGUCAUCUUGCCCUGCCACCACCAGCUGGGCCUGCAGGAGCAGCGCAGCCUGGACAUCGAGUGGCUGAUGAAAGACACAGCCGGAAAGCCCAAAGUGGUGAUCUCCUUCUCCAGUGGCAAAGUUUAUGAUGACUUGAACGAAGAUCAGCAGGGCCGGGUGGACUUUGCAGCCAACUACCUGGCUGGGGACGCUUCCCUGAAGAUCACUUCCCUGAAGCCCAGCGACGAGAGCGAGUACACCUGCAAGGUGAAGAAUGCAGGCCGCUACCACUGGAAUUACAUCACGCUCAAGGUCCUAGUGAAGCCAUCCAAGCCAAAGUGUGAAAUGGAAGGAGAGCUGACAGAAGGAGGAGACCUGACCUUGCAAUGCACAUCGGCCUCAGGCACCAAGCCCAUCACCUACCAUUGGCAGCGUGUCGUAGAGAGGGAAGGAGGUGACCCACACCUGCCCCCCAAAUCACAGAUAGACUAUGACCACCCAGGGCGAGUUUUGCUGCAGAACCUCACUUUGUCCGCCUCUGGGGUGUACCAGUGCACUGCAAGCAAUGAGGCUGGCAAGGAGAGCUGCCAGGCUGAAGUGGCUGUACAGUAUGUUCAGAGCGUCGGCAUGAUGGCCGGGGCUGUGGCCGGGAUGGCUGCAGGAGCCUUGCUGGUCCUGCUCCUGGUGUGGCUGUUGAUUCGGAAGAAAGACAAGAAGAGGCAUGAGGAGGAAGAGAGACCCAAUGAGAUCAGGGAAGAUGCAGAGGCUCCCAAAGCCCGUCUGGUGAAACCCAGCUCAUCGUCUUCGGGGUCCCGCAGCUCCCGCUCGGGCUCCUCCUCCACCCGCUCCACAGCCAACAGCGCCUUCCACAGCCAGCGGACACCAUCAGCAGAUGCUGUGCCCCCUCCCGGGAUCUCGACCCACCCAUACAGCCUGGUGGGUCUGGAGGCCACAGGUGCAGAGCCUAGUAAAGUGCAUUCCACCACCUUGAGCAAGAUGAGCACUCCACCGGGUCCCACCCCCAGCCUGAGCCAGCCCUUCCAGACCGUCUGAGAUGGUCUGAGCCUUAACAGACUCUCCCCCAGGCUGGCCCAGGGCAGAAUCUCCUCCUACACAGAUUCUUGGGGGGAAGAGGGCACAGGAGGGAGGGCCCUCUUAGCAUCUGAGGAACAGCUGCCACCUGCCACCCCCAGGUUCCGCCAAGCUAUCCAUCCGUCCCCCACAUCCAUCCCCCUCCAACCCAUUAGAGACCUGGGACAGACUCACCAAGAACACUGCUUCUCCAAAGCACCAAAUGAGCAAAAACUGAAAGCAAGAGCUUGGGCAGGAAGCCCGCUCUGCCCAGCUUCCUGCCUUGCUGUAAGUUAGGAAAGGCAGGUCAAAGGGAGGCCAGAACACAACAAGCCUGGCUAGGACUGGCUCCAGCCCAUUGACUCCCAGUGGCCCCGAGAUACACAGGGGCCGCAGGGUUCGCUCUCUUUCCUAGCCCCAACCCAAAGUUGCUUCUGUGUACCCUCUGUGGGUCAGUGGGGCGAUUUGAACAGCCCCCCCACUCCACGCAGGGGCCCCACAGCUUGGAGACCCAGUCUUAGCUUUCACUUCUCCUCCUGGCUCAGCACCUGAUCACUACCAUCCCUGCAGCUCUACUUGCACUGAGGUCUGGAUGCUCUCUGGAUGGGGAGGGGAAGAGGCCAGAUCAGGGAAGUGGAGGAAAAGUCCUUAGGGAGGAGGAGAGGCUUGAGGGAAGAAGGAGAGCAAGAGACUGUUGGCUCAUUGCAUCUCCAGAAACUGAACCCUGAAAUGGGAACUGAGCCCUGGUGUUCCAAAGCAGCCAUAAAGAACAGUACUAUGUGGGUCUCUGGGCACACAGGAGCUCUGGGAAAAAACCCACCCCACCCCUUGGAUCCAUGCUGGCUUGCCCUGCUGAGGCCAGAUUCUGGCUUCCCUCCUGCUCACCCACUCCCUCCACUCCACACCUCUGGGAGGCUUUGGAGGCCAGAAGAGGGCUUUGGGCUUUUUACUGGGAAAGGAAGCCUGGAGUGAAAUGAGGAUUAGAGCCAAGGUGGUAGCUGUGGAGAUCGCCAAGGCCAACUGAGGGUUGGCCCUGCAGCAGGGCUGGAGACAGCACUGGGGUCUCCUGUUUCCAAGGAGAAGAAAAGGGACUGAAUGCUGGAGUUAGAAUGGAUGCGAUCCUUCAACCUGCCCAGAGUUGGGCUUGCUCCUAUGCUUUGGUUUCCAGAGAAGACCCAUGGUUCUGGGCUGGGGACGGGGACGGAUUCCCAGGCCUGAAGGAACACGACGUCUCGUCUGCUAAGACCAGGUUUCUCCGACUCCGGGUAUACCAAGCAAGGAGAGAGUGGAGUCCCAAGUCAAAAGGUGUCUGGCAAGGUUGGAGCUAGGCUUUGAAUCCCCAGGUCAAAGUUCAGUCCCUCCCUCUCCAGAACCCCGCUUCUAUCAUGGGGGCAUUCCUGACCCACUGCGGCGGAUACUGUUUUUAGUCUCAGCAGCCAGCUUGGAGCUGAAUGGGGAGGGGCACUUGUUGGGGUGACCACAGGGAACAGGGGGUCGGCAAGCCCAAUGGCUAAUCUGGCAGCAGUAAAGGGGAAUUUUCUCUUUCGUCAAUGGAAAGAGCUCCCUGCUAGAGCAAUAGAGGAGGGUUUCUAAAUGGGAGUCCAUGUAAACAAGCCCGCCGGAAUGUCUGAGGGGCCCUGGACUUUAGGAUUGUACCAGCUUGGUCUUAACUCGGGAGGGGGGAGCUGCAAAGGGUUACUGCUCCCUGAAGGGUUGGUUUUCUGGUGUCACAAUUAACUCCUGGCAUCUUGCUGCACUGCACACUGGGUCCAGGCACACCCUGACCACUUCUAUUUGCUCUUGCCAACACCCUUUGCAAAAACAGGGCAGCAAAUAGCAUUGAUUAAUUUUAGUUAAGGUCAGGGAGGGAGAGUGGGAUGGAUACAAGGACACUGAAAGCUAUAUAAUGGCUGAAGUCUGGACAUAAGAUAUUGUAUCCUCCAGGGUCUUUGCUUGAUAUACUGGGGACAGGACUCAAAGUGCGCAUCAUUGAAUUGAAAGAGGUCCAAUUCAGAACCACCUCGUUCUGACCUUCUUCCACUCCAUAUUACCAGUUAGCAGAAUUAGAGCCUUUAAUAUGAAACCAAAAAGGGAAUUUACUAGAGGUAGGUUUUUUUUUAUUUAAAGGAUGACCAAUUUGAUUGCAAAGGAGAUAUGAGUUAUCUACAGAACAAGAAGGAUAUGAAGGAGAAAGCAAUAUACCAAACUUGAUUCUGUAAAAUAAUACUUAAAGCAUCUAACUUCAUGUAAUAUUCAAAUGAUUUCACUAGUGCUGUGGCAUUCAUGCUUAUGUAGUUGUUUUUUGUUUCAAAUGCCAAAACUGAUUUUACUUUUCUUCUGUCUGCUGCAACAGUGUAAUACUAACCAUGUUUAAGAGGCAUAAAAGCAAAAUAUUUAUUAUAGAUUCCCUUGAAUCACAACUGUAGACCUUUUUUUUUAAAUAAAGAUUUUGCAGAGGGGAAAGGUUGCCGCUCAGAUUACCUGCCUUGCAGAAUUGUUUCUCGGCACAGUUGCUCAGCAGAAGCAGUGAAGGACCAAAGCUGGAAAAAAGCAUUAAAGGACAAGGGCUGGCUGAAUAUCCUUCCCAUUUAUCAGAAUUUAAACCAAGGCUUCCUCAUGCAAUUGCAAAAAGCUGCACUGCUACUAGGGUAAAGCAGAAGCUUCAAACUAAUGCCACUGUGGUUGAUUUACUAUAAAGGAAACCAGAGUUUUGUGGUUUGAUGUUAUGGCUUUCUCCUCCAGUGAAUGUUGUAAGAAGACUUGUAAAAUGCAGUGCUGUUAAUAAAAUAAAUGUCUUUGAA